CGCAGAUUCACCAUGAGAAGUACGUUGCAGCACCUCAAUCUCAAUGGCUGUUGUUCUAUUUUACCAUCACACCUGACUUGACACAAUGGCUAGUCCGGCUAAGAAGCGCAAGAGAGAUGAACUCGAAUCAUCUGCCCAGCGCACCCGGAGCAUAGCGUCAUUCUUUCAGGGCCAAGCAAGCAAGCAGGCCGAGAAGACCCAGCAAGCAUCACAAAUUCCAGCCGAGGCUGAGACGCAAGAUGAACAGACUCUGUCAGAUGAGGCGCUUGCACGCAAGCUUCAAGCAGAGUGGGAUCGAGAAGAUGUCCCACCAACGUCGCAGGUCGAAACUCCUACUAACGAGCCAACACCGGCAUCGGCGCCGGCGCCGACAUCUUUAACCGCGGAGGUCACCGACGUAAAAUCCACCACUGGACCUGGAAAAGGCAUACUCUCUCUUCAGUCAUCGUCGGGCACUGAAGAUACAAUCUCUCUCGCUGUCCCAUUCGACCAGAGUCCGAUCACAUUCGACGCGGCCAAAUACGCGCAGGAGCUGAAGGGCCACUGGGCUGCACAAGGUGGCGACGCUACGUAUGCGCUUCUAACCAGGGCCUUCGUCCUUGCAAAUGCAACGACCAGUCGCAUCAAGAUUGUGGAUACCUUAGUCAACUUUCUGCGGGUCCUGAUUGAGGGUGAUCCUUCGAGCGUUCUUUCCGCGGUUUGGCUCGCGACUAAUUCCAUAACACCACCUUACGACGAGAUAGAGCUGGGUCUGGGCGGGUCGUCAAUCUCCAAGGCUCUCAAGAAGGUCUACGGUCUCAAUAGCCAGAGUCUCAAGUCCCUCUAUGAUAAGCAUGGCGAUGCAGGCGAUGUGGCCUUCGAGGCCAAAAAGAGACAGAGCUUCACCUUGAUGAAGCCUAAGCCAUUGAAGAUCAAGGGCGUGUACCAGUCUCUCAAGAAGAUUGCGCUGAGUAAAGGGUCUGGGAGCCAAGAGGCCAAGCAGAGGAUCGUUGAAAAAUUGCUGCAAGAUGCUCGUGGUGCAGAGGAGAGUCGGUACAUUGUAAGAACGCUCGUCCAGAACCUGCGUAUAGGGGCUGUCAAGACAACAAUGCUCAUCGCUCUUGCUCGAGCCUUCUUGUACUCUAAGCCAGAUGGUGCUGAGUUUUCUGUACGAUCUCAACAAGAUAUGGCACGGUUGAAGAAAGAAGAACUUGCCGAGGUCUACAGCAACGCAGAAGAGAUUGUCAAGGCCUCGUAUGCUCGGCACCCGGAUUAUGAUGAUCUUGUUCCAUGUUUACUCGACGGCGGCGUAACGGAGGAACUCCUCGUGCGCUGUGGGUUACAGCUACACAUUCCCCUCAGACCUAUGCUGGGUAGCAUCACACGCGACCUUUCAGAUAUGUUAACUAAGUUGCAAGGACGAGACUUUGCUUGCGAGUACAAAUACGAUGGACAGCGUGCCCAGGUUCAUUGCGAUGAGGCAGGCAAGGUGUCCGUCUUCUCCCGCCAUUUGGAGAAUAUGACCGAGAAGUAUCCUGAUCUCGUAUCCCUAGUACCCAAGAUUCGUGGCGAAGGGGUUUCCAGCUUCAUCUUGGAGGGAGAGGUGGUUGCAGUCGAUCAAGAAACUGGUGAUUUGCAAGCCUUCCAGAUCCUCACCAAUCGCGCGAAGAAGAACGUCGAUAUCGGUGCUAUCAAAGUGAAUGUGUGCCUGUUUGCAUUUGACCUAAUGUACCUCAAUGGACAGCCAUUGCUCGACCGGUCCUUCCGUGAGCGUAGAGAGCUAUUGCGGAGUCUCUUUGUAGAGGUUCCCAAACGAUUCACUUGGGUCAAAAGUCUAGACGCCACGUCCGCCGAUUCCGAGGCCGUGCUCGAAUUCUUCAAAGGCGCCACCGACAUCAAGUGCGAAGGAAUCAUGGUCAAAGUGCUCGACAACGUUCUCAAGCCAGAACUCGACGCGAACGGCGUGACUACUGACCCCACUCCAAUCGAUAAAUCCGACUCCAAAUCCUCCUCCUCAACCACGACCAAAGCGGGAGGAGGCGGGCGACGCAAGGCCCUCCUUUCAACCUACGAACCCGACAAGCGCCUGGAAUCGUGGCUCAAGGUCAAGAAGGACUACAGCACCUCCUCCGAGACGCUGGACCUGAUCCCCGUUGCCGGAUGGCACGGGCAGGGCCGCAAGGCCAAAUGGUGGUCGCCGAUCCUCCUUGCGGUCCGUAACCCGGAGACUGGCGGCCUCGAGGCCGUGACCAAAUGCAUGUCCGGCUUUACCGACAAGUUCUACCAGGCGAACAAGGACAAGUACGCCCAGGGGACGCCGAACGUGAUCUCGCGGCCCAGCUACGUGGAAUACUACGGCUCUCCGGACGUCUGGUUCGAACCGCAGGAAGUCUGGGAGAUGGCUUUCGCGGACAUCACCCUCAGCCCGACGUAUCCGGCCGCCAUCGGCCUCGUGAGUGAGGAACGCGGUCUGAGUCUGCGGUUCCCGCGGUUCCUGAAAGUGCGCGAGGAUAAAUCCAUCGACGAGGCGACCACCUCGGAUUACCUAGCACAUCUUUGGAGGAAGCAGUCGGAGAAGAGUAAACUGGAGGGUGCGCCGCCCGCACUGGGGGAUGAAGUCGAAGAUAAUUAGUAGACUGUUUGGGAAUAUUAUGCCUGAGCUUGGGGUUAUCAACUCAGUUCACAUCCUUGAUACACAUGAUAAAACUAUUGUCUCGCCUUUGGUUAUAGUCAUAAAAUAUACACAUGC